AUGUCUGGCAAAGGCGAAGAUUUCAUAGUUGAAGCAGAAGAUGCGUGGCCUGGAAAAGGACCUGAUGAACGUUUGCUCGGCACCUAUCGGUACGAUGGAGACCCCGAACAUCCCUACCAUGUCAUCAUCUCGGUGCACCCCGACUUCUCCAGUAGUUCGCGUUUACGUUUUGAAUACCACGAGUCAAAAUUGAUUCGGAAAGCCAACAUGCUUCCAUGUAAAGGCGCCCCCUUCGUUUACCGCCGAACCGAUCUUGGUCAAAAGAAGCAAAAGUGGGACGGAAUCGGUUGGCCAGACGAGGUUUGCCAAGAGAAAUAUCGCCCAGACAUGAGAAUUGUCCGUUUCGAAAUCAAGGUCUUAGAUGACCCAGAGCACCCGACGAACAAGGACAAACAAUACGUGGAAACAACAAUAACUUGGAUGCCCCCCAAUUGCGCAAAAGGUUGGGCAAAUUCGCACGUGCUAACGAAGGUUGCGGAUCCAUGUAAAGUUGUUGAUGAGGCACUGAAGCAAGGCAGUGCAGAUACGAAAAGCUAG